GUAGCAUAUGUUUCGCUGCUCAGCCGCACUGCCAGCGGGUGUAUUAGGGGGGAAGUGUACAUCAGGAGCAAGGCGGCUGUUCUAGCCACUUAACAUAGACGUACACCAUAGCACGGAGGUUCACUGCUUACUUCAUUGUAAGGGGCACCUUUUUUCCCCGCUCUUUGUCUUGCCGUAUAUCUCGCACAGCAAUGUGUUCCUCGAUGGCAUCGUUACUACCUGCAGUAUGUGUAGCCUGGUCUUGCCUGUUCUCCGCAUCGGCUCGCUCCUUCUGGAAGAAUGAGAAACACUACCAUGGAACUGUUAAUGCUUUUCAGGUGUUUGGCCAGUUCUCGGAUGCCGCGGGAGUGAGAGACGUAAGCCGUGAUCCCAUGUUCAAGUGCCUAAGGGCUAACCGCACAGAAUACGACUUGGAAGCCCGAUCCGCCAACUACGUUUGGUCGCUGAAUGCAGGCAAAGGAAAUCCAAGCAAACAAGUCGCGGUGAAAUACACGGGAGGUGACACGCCAGACGCAAUUAUUACAAUGGUCGACUCAGAUCCCAGCACUCGAAAAGAAGGUCACGUCAUUUAUUCCAAUUACAAAAACUGUGGUAUCUCUGUAAUGGAGAGUCUUGGACAUCAAUGCACUCUGUGGGUGGCCUACGAGAACAGGUACUCCUACCCUGAAAGCUGCAAAAGAAUGCAUCGAAAACUGUGCGGAGAAGGCGUGUCGUUGUUUGACAAAGAAUUUUGUGGUGACAUUUAAGCUUAGUGGCUUUUUUGUUUCAAGAAAAAGGGCAAGUAUAAAAACCGUUGUUUUUACGUAAAUAUGGCGAGCAACAUUUCUAUAAGAAGCGCAUAUUUCAAAGCAGCAUUCGAAAAAUCGCUGCAGUGAUUAUUCACUCAAUCUCUCCAAUUAGGUUGUAGUUUGCUGGUUUCCUCUUUUUAUUGUGAUAACAAAUAAAUGGUCAUUGCCGGCUGGU